AUGAUAAAGCAAAUUCUUAGCAAAUUGCCAAAGAAGGUGCCAAAGUCUGACUCGUCUGAUUCUUCUAGGAGUGAUUCUAGCAAUUCUACUAGUUUUGGGAAUGUUUUUCAGUGUACAAAUGUUGGAAGCACCAUUUCAAGCAAAUUAAAUGUUGUGAAGAGGGUAUCUUCGGUUGUUUUCCCUGCAAGCAUGAGUGCUGGAGUGGAAGCAGUUGACCCCUGUCUCUCCUUCAAAGAUGUUUCAAAUACACAGAAGCAAAGCCUGUUCAUUAGUAAGUUAAACCUUUGCUGCAAAGUUUAUGACAUGAGUGAUCCUGAUAAGAACAGUACAGAGCAAGAUCUCAAACGACAAACGCUGUUGGAGCUUGUUGAUUAUGUUUCUUCUGGAUCUGUCAAGUUCACAGAACCAGCAAUCGCGGCUUUAUGUAAAAUGUUUGCGACUAAUUUGUUCAGGGUUUUCCCACCUAAGUUUCGAACAAGUACUACUGGUGGAGAAACAGAAGAUGAAGAACCGAUGUUUGAUCCUGCCUGGUCUCACUUACAAGUUGUUUAUGAUCUACUCCUUCAAUUCAUCAACUAUAACUCUCUUGAUAUGAAGGUGGCAAAAGCACAUAUUGAUCAUGCUUUCAUUCUAAGAUUACUUGACCUUUUUGAUUCUGAGGACCCUAGAGAAAGAGAUUGCUUGAAAACAAUUCUGCAUAGAAUCUAUGGGAAAUUCAUGGUUCAUAGGCCGUUCAUACGGAAAUCUGUUAGCAACAUCAUUUACCGGUUUGUUUUUGAGACAGAGCGGCAUAACGGAAUCGCAGAGCUGCUGGAGAUUUUUGGGAGUGUGAUUAGUGGGUUUGCCUUGCCAUUGAAGGAAGAGCAUAAGAUAUUUUUGUGGAAGGCUUUACUUCCUUUGCACAAACCUAAAUCUGUUGGUAUUUAUCACCAGCAGUUAACAUAUUGUGUUGUACAGUUCAUAGACAAGGAUCAAAGACUGGCUAGCUCAGUGAUAAAGGGAUUAUUGAAGUACUGGCCAGUAACAAAUAGCCAAAAGGAGCUCAUGUUCAUCAGUGAGUUGGAAGAGAUUUUGGAAAUGACUAGCAUGGCCGAGUUUCAGAAUAUCAUGGUCCCACUCUUCCGACGAAUGGCGUACUGUCUUAACAGUUCUCAUUAUCAGGUGGCCGAACGAGCACAUUUGCUAUGGAACAAUGAGCACAUUCUGAAUCUGAUAACGCAAAACCGACAGGUGAUUCUGCCUCUGGUGUUCUCAGCACUUGUACAUAAUGCUCAAAGUCACUGGAAUCAAGCAGUGCUGAACCUGACUCAGAACAUAAGGAAGAUGCUGACUCAGAUGGACGAGGAGCUGGUAGCAGCAUGCCAACGCAGGAUUGAGGAAGAAGAAUCAGGUGCAAGUGCUGCAGCUGAGAGGAGAAGAGUAACAUGGGAACGCCUAGAAGCAGCAGCUGCUGCUGCUGGUGUCCAAUCUUCUUCUGUAGGUGGUGGUGAUGUUUUAGUCCCAGUAAAAUCUGCUACAUGCUCAGUGGCAUGCUAA